AGUGUUUACUGUCACCCAGCUGUCUUACGGUGUUUUCUUUGGCCCACAGGCGACGAUAGCAAUUAAAAAUGAUUGAGCUUUUCCAAUGAGCCAAUGUGAUAACUUGUUGGCCUUCUGUUUUCCGAAGGUGUCAUACUGCCUCGCCAGCGCGUCCCUACCACAAAGGCUUUGGUAACAAAUUUCUUAUGAAGCGAAGAUUAACACCCCGAAGUUUGCCCUCUUGUCAUGUUGUUCAUAAACUUUUGUAGUUACUGCUUAAAACUUAUGACAAAAGAAGCCACGAGGGUUUUCCCACUGUUUUGUGCAAACCAGAAUUGCCCCCUUGAGGCCAAAUAUCUACCUUCAGUUUUCAAGGGUUUUGCACAACUCCUGAGAUUUUAAGUCCUAAACAAAGUGCAUGCAUUUUUACGUGGUUGUAGUGAAUUUCGUACCGUAGGUGCGUUGCAGUCAUCCACUCUUAAUCGAGGGUUUAAUGAAGUGCCAGACUAAAUUAUGUGGUGUUUUUUGUCUUCUUAACAUUAUACUGUAUAGUACAAAGGAAUGGCUUCCUCUCCUUGCGAAGCAGAUCCCGUUGGAGCAAGUUCUAUAACUUAUUGGCCCCAAACUUUUGGAGACAGUGUUCAUAGUGAAUGAAGGACCAUCGCCUCUUGGCGUCUUCAUCUGGAUGGACAACGAGAUCCUUUUGGGUUGUGAAGGCGCUUUCAUCACCAACUGGAAUAAAAGCGCUUCUUCAUGCCACGUACAAAGCAACGACCUUCCUCCGAGCGAUGGAUCUGAUUGGGAACCAGAAGGCAAGACCGUCGGAGUUGGAUGAGAACGAGGACAACCAAAGAGCCCAACGGAUGGAGAGACACGGAGCGAAGGACUCGACCGACAACAUGAUGUCUAGGUUGACGGAGGAGGCUGCAUUGGAUCCAGUUUCAGUUUCGAGCUCGUAUCGGCCUAGUUGAUUCCUCCUUCGACUUAGGCACUUCUCGAUGUAGCUUCAUUGAUUUCAAGGCAAAUUAAGAGCAUUGUCUGACAACCGUCAAGCCAAUUCGCUUUGAAGAAAGACUGGUUCUGCAUGAUCAUCUUAUUUCGUUGAUUAAGUGCUGACCGAACUUUGCAGGUCAUCGGCUUUCUCUAUUGUAUUGGAAGAGUGACAACAAACCCGAAGACUGCCAAAAUAAUCAUACUAAAAAAAACUUUCGCCUGUCAAAAAUGGCACGUGAUUGACAUAAAAUCUGGAUGAGUGCAUGGAAAUCUGAUCUGCCUCCGACAAUCAAUUGGUAGCAUUCUGGUGUAAUAGUGAAACAUCCGGAGAAUCAAGUUCCUGUUUGUCAUCGUUGAAACGGUAAAGAAAAACCAAGAUUCCAUCAUGGGCAAUGAAACUUACUUGGAAUCCACUUUGAACCCGUUGCCAUCGGAAAUGGAGAAUCUAAACGACUCCUUGAUACCCACCAAGGGUGAUGACAACCCCACCAAUAUGUUUGGCUUCAUCACCGAAGGCAUCUUGCUGACGUCCAUCUCUACUUUCGGUUUCAUUGGAAAUGCAAUGAGCGUGUAUGUCCUGCUCAAAGGCUCGGUGAAGGGCUUGUUUUCGAGCCUUCUGACCAAUCUGGCCUUAUUUGAUGGUCUAUUUCUCAUCAUGGCCAUUCUCACCUUCGGUUUACCUACUUUAUCUAGCACGUACAAAUCCAAUGUGUUCCUAAAGAUUAUGCCUGUCUGCUACGGGUUCACUCAUGUGUUUCGAGUGGGCUCUGUUUACUCCACUUUAUCCGUGACCAUGGAACGGUUCUUCGCCAUCGUUUUGCCCUUCAAGGACUUUGAAAUCUUGAAGAAGUGGCUCGUGCCGGGCACGGCCAUCUUUGCCAUUUCCUACAACAUCCCCAAGUUCUUUGAAGUGACGUCGGUCACGGACCCUGAGACGAAUUUGACCUCGAUUCAAGGGACCGCGUUGAGACUGAACAGUUACUAUGUGUCGUAUUAUGUGUUCUGGAGCAAAUUCAUAUUCAUCGAAUUUGUACCCUACAUAUUGAUUGUGAUCAUGAACUCGUUUAUUGUCGUCAAAAUCAUCAAGUCGUCGCGUUUCCGCAGAAAGAUUAUGUUCAACAUGAGUCAGCAGACGCCCUUCAAGGACGUGAGCUCUCCACAAAAGAUCCAAUCCAUGUCCGAAGAGCAGAUGAAAUACUUUGAGAACCAACGCCAAGAGCAUAAGUUGGGUGUUCUGCUGGUUGUCAUUUCGGUUCUCUUCAUCACUUGCCAAUCCUUCAAGCUUAUCCCGGAUCUAUUCGAAGUCCUCUCUUGCCGGAACGUCAAGCCCUGCUACACAUCUGCCUUCGUCAAUAAGGUUGUGGAACUGUCCCACCUGUUGUUAUGUUUGAACUCCUCGUUGAACUUCAUGGUGUAUCUCUUGGGCGGAGAGAAGUUCCGCAAGAUAUGGAUUCACACUUACGUCCCGGAUUCAUGUGUCAGAGCCAUGGGAUGUGAGCCUUUAGUGCGAGCAAAUUCCCUGAACAACACGGCACUCAAUCGGAACAUGAGCUGUCGCAGUACCUUCCGCCCAGGCUCCACCAAUCAUCCUGCCAAUCACAUCCGAUUGAAAGCGCUCAAUUCGGAUGCGAAAAAGGUAGUUUGUGAUGAGACCACCACGUUUAUUACCUUAUCACAAAGCAGUCGGGAAAACACGAACGGUAUUGGUUCGGAGAUCCCAAACCGAGUGUGACUGCCUCUACGUACAUUGACGAUCCAAUGAGGAUUAGCAUCAACUCGACCAGCCCCAAAAGAGACCCGUGCAGAAUUGGAUUAAGUAUCUACGGCUCAAGCUGUAUGUACUUCCCAGAGUCAGAUUUGUGCUGAGUCGUUUUUUGUGUCAGCCAUUAGGCUAAUGGUUCCUUGUGAUCAUGAAGAGAGGAAAUGUCGGUUGUGACAAAGAGCGGAAGACAACAGACUCAAAAUUGAUUCGAUCAUUUGCCGGCCUUAACCUUGGGUCGCAUUUUUCAGAGCAUCAGUCGUCAAUAUUAUUGGUUAGGAAACCUUCCUAUCCGCUGGGAUGAAUGGCUUUGCAUUAAUCUUGUGGCUGAAACGUGUCUGAGAACCAUUUGAACUGGUUGAGUCCCAAAUGGUCACUUUAUUUGAAUAGCCGACAGAUAGUCUGUUCUUGGUGACGCCCGAGAGUGCUCAGAGACAUUGUUGAUCGAGCAAAUACACUCGAGUUCUUUUUCCCUCAAAAACAUUUUACUACCCGCAACAUUUCUAUCCCACAAGAACCGAGAUCCUCAUGCGCAUUUACAAUAUAUGUACGUAUUUAUUUACGUACUCCUUGAUUUACUUGCUUGUUGCGCAAUGAAAAAAAAAACUGUAUGCAUGUCAUUGUUGUUAUCGAUAGAUGAAGGAGGAGGAUUCCGAAAAUGAAUCCAUCUUUUCAUGAAAAUAUGAUUGCCGUAAUGAAACCAAGGUUUAACGGAAUAAAAUUAUUUUUCGUUUGCCAUACAAUACCUCAAUCUGAACAAAAUUGAAAGAAAAGAUCGAACAGGGAAUCAAAGUAAAUAGACCGACGGGUAUGAGAAUUACUUUCAUCUUUCUUUCAUGGCUCCCAUACGUACCCAAGGCUCUUGCCAAAGUCUAUAAGCCAAGACCCAUUCUAAUACCACGAGUUACAGAAAUUUCGUUUCAUAAUCACCUCUACAACGUGUUGUACUUUUAAAAGGAAAUACAAACCCCAACAUGGCAUAUCUAUUCCGUAAGCACCAAAACGAUCUUGCCAAAAGACGAUAUAACACGUUCUGAAAUUACACCAAAGCGCUUUAUUCAAAGGCUGAUCUUAGAAUCGCUGUUCACGAUGUCCCUCUACCCAAAGCGUGCAUGGUGCAUGUGGCCCCUAAAAGCAAGGCUCUAUCGUCUGGAGUUGAUGAUAUGUUGUGGCCUUUCUCUGCAAAGAAUACAAAUAUAUUUGACCAUUCUUCCCUCACUUUCGUGCUCAAAUCUGUUGAAUGAUAUACUCAGAUAUAUUGCUAUGACCAUUAGAAGGAUAGCCCCAAAUAUAAGGAGUGACCACAUGCAACUGCCAUUUACCUGGAAUGGAACUGCACAAGAUACUGGAAAAGACAUAAUUUAUGAGGAUUGGGAAAAGGAAAAGUAGCUUUUUUUCCUUCUUUUUAUGUUAUUUUGUAUUUAAUUAUAUGCUGUAAAAUGUUUGGAGUGAGGCUAGAAGUUAAUCUCUUAUCCCAAAGACCAUAUCUCCCCAGGGAAUCGUGAUUCUAAAUGUUUUUUCUCUUUCCAUGACAACAGUCAAUGCUCUAGAUGUAUUUUCUCCGUUCGAAGGACCACAAGGAAACAAAUGGGUCAUAUUUUUUUCCUGAUACAACCCCUAACUUACAAUCAAAAGCAUGUGACUGAUCUUCUAAAGUCAAAAUCACCCCUGAAAUAGAUAAAACCAUCUGGGAUGGUGUCAAGUUCAAAGAUAUAUUCUUCAGUGCUAACCUGAGACA